AUGAACACAACCGAGAAGUUUUAUCUUUCCGUUGAUGGCAUCGCCGAAACGUUCAAACCGUGCGCCGAUCAUCACCAACUGGGUUUACGAACGGCCGGCGGGAAAAAAAUCCCUCUUCCCAAAUUGACCAGUUUACACCGCAAAUCAUCUCCCAGUCCCAGCCGGCGACUCCAGAGCAAAGUCCACAGCCAGCACCCGUCAAACCCCGGCGUCAAAGUCUCGAAUAUAUCGAAGGCGAGCAUGGGCAUCAUCAAGACCGUCAGAGCGCGGUGGAGACAGCGGGAUAAGAGAGGGGGGGUCGCCAGGUCCUCCAGCACCGGCGACCAGCGGCCAUCAUCUGAUCGGCUCCGGCGGAGGCGCGUAGAACCGCUGACGACACCGGCUCUGACCAAGCCGAGGAACUGUCGGAGAAUAGUGGUGCUUGGCGCACCGAAAGUUGGCAAGACUAACAUUCUCCAGCGGUUCCUGGGUGGCGAAUUUGAAGAGCACUACGAACCCACAUCCGAGGACUUCAGCAGGAAACUGUACCAGAUACGAGGCGAAACUUACCAGAUUGACAUUGUGGACGCGGCGAGGGAGAGAGACUUUCCCGCCAAACGGAGGCUCACCAUACUGACAGGUGACAUUUUCCUGCUGGUGUUCAGCCUGGACGACAGGGGGACGCUGACGGAGGUCUGCGAGUUGCGCGACGAGAUCAGGGCGGCGAAGGCGAAGCUGAUGAAGCCGAAGGACGCCGGCAAAGUGCCAGUGGUGAUAUGCGGGAACAAGGCGGACCUGCGCGCGCAGCGGGUCGUCGGCCGGUCGGAGACGGAGGGGGUCCUCGGCGAGGGCGCCGCCUUCUUCGAGACCUCGGCGAAAGAGGGCACCGGGCUUGAGGACGUGUUCGGGGCCCUGGCCGCGCUCGGCGGACUGCCGGUCGAGACCAGCCCGUCAGCGCAUCGGACCGUGUCCGUCGUCGCCUAUCAGUCACUGCGCGCCGUGCGCCGCCCCGGCGCGCCGUGCGCCGCCGUUUUCCCGCUGGCGCGCCGGCCGAGCUUCCGCAGCGACCUGCGGCAGGUGCUCGGCCCGAGCGCCAAACCCGGCAAAACCGAGAGGUGCCACGUUCAAUGA